GAUCUGAAAAAUUCAAAGAACGAAAUAAUACUAAGAACGAAAGAGUGGGAAAAAAACCAAAGAAUCAAUCGAGAAAGGACUUAUCUGCCUGAAGAACCGGAUCAAUAUCACAUUUUAGGAACAGACUUGUGGUCGAAAUCGCAAUCUUUGAUUCCAAUGCCGCCCUAAACAAACAAGAAUAGAAAAUGAUGUGCCGCUUCUUAGCUAUAGAAGUAGGAAGAUAUUUAUUUGUGAUGCGAACUUCAUGCCGAAUAUCUAACCUAUAAGUUCUGUUUUUGUUCCACGUAUUUGAAAAUAAAUUAAGGCAAACCGAGUCAUUUGCAAUGGACAGUUCUCUUUUGCAACCCACCCUGUACACAGUUAAAGGAAUUGUAAUAAUGGAUAACGAUGGCAACAGAAUAUUGGCCAAGUAUUACGAUCGCAACGUAUUUCCCACGUCCAAAGAGCAGCGCGCCUUCGAAAAGAACUUAUUUAAUAAAACACAUCGAGCUAAUGCCGAAAUAAUCAUGCUAGACGGUCUUACCUGCGUUUAUCGUAGUAACGUGGACUUGUUCUUUUAUGUAAUGGGUAGUUCGCACGAGAACGAGCUCAUACUGAUGAGUGUAUUGAAUUGUUUAUACGAUUCUAUCAGUCAAAUACUUCGGAAGAAUGUUGAGAAACGAUCCGUAUUAGAGUCGUUAGAUAUUGUGAUGUUGGCAAUGGAUGAAAUUUGUGAUGGAGGAAUUAUUAUUGAUGCGGAUUCAAGUUCGGUUGUCUCACGAGUGGCAUUACGAACAGAUGACAUUCCAUUAGGUGAACAAACUGUAGCUCAGGUGCUGCAAUCAGCAAAGGAUCAAUUGAAAUGGUCCCUGUUAAAGUAAAAGCUUGUAAAAGAAAUUUAUUUUUAUUUUAUGUGUGUACAAUGUAAGAAAUAAUAAGUCUAAAUCAGA